GUACCUCGACGUCCUUCAGACCUUCAGUAGCCAUGCUGGGCGAGUUGUGUUUGUGGUGUUUUGUGGUAGUUAUGUGUGCGCGGGGUGUAUCCGGACGAAAGACGGCCUGGAUGUGAACUAUGGAAGUGUUAAGGAGACUGGUCUUUGCGAGCGAACGGAGAGAAGUUUUAUUACGGUGGUUUUUUGGUUGUGUGGUUGUGGUAUGGGUAGUGGGGAAGAUGGUUGUGUUAUCGAAAACAAUGGAGGGGGAGGAGGGCUGGCGGUGGUGUUGGUGGGGCGGGUUUUGUGGGUUGCAUUCAAUUUUUUUUUUCUCUCUCUCACUUCUCUGGCCUCUGGCCCCGCCACCAACUGUGCGCACUCUCGACCCACCCAGCCAAUCGCUUCUCGCCGUUCGAAGUUUCUUUCAGCUGAGUCAUCGCCCGAUCGAGUUUUUUGCUUUCCAUUGUGGGAGUAGCCACGACGAAAAUUCAGCCAGCGACUUCGCUUUCGAAAACUCAGACCCGAUCUCUCCCAUGGCUGCGAAGACCGCCUUUCUUCCCACCACUGCGGCGGCUCGCGCUACUGGUCCUAUACAGCACGCGGGGAGCGGCGUGGGAGGAGACGGUUCUCGAUACUUGCUCUGGUCGUACGGUCCUCUCUACAUGCUUGCUUGCUCUGCUCGUACGGUUCUGCACCGGUGAAGCACUGUGCCCAUGAGUCAUGAGGCACGAGCCAUGAGUCAUGAACGGCCAGUCCUUUUGCCGUGAAGAAGUUCGAAAGAACGGAUCCGGAGUCGCGAUGUCUGCCCUUCCCCCUCCUCCUCCUUCCCCCUCACACUACAUGCUUACAUGAUACACAUCCCCUCGCUCCACGGCAAAGGCCUUAGAGCUCAAAAAUAACCUUACCUGCGCCAAACCGCAUCGAAUCAAACGUGCCAACUCACGCGUGCAAAACCAGACGAAAGAUGUCAGCGCAACAACAGAGGAAGGGAAAGUCCUUGAGUAUCAUAGGCAUGAUGUACCUUAGCAAAUAUCUACUACUCU